UCUCUCCGAAAUCUUUCCCAAAGCUUAUAGCAUGUUGAGUUUCGCUGCGAAGAAGCUCUGAACACUGAACGGCAGCGAGUGACUGACUCAGUGAGUCGUUUCAUGCGCUCGUACAAACCAUGAAUGCCAGAGCUCUUCUUUACUCCUUCUCCCCCAAGCCCAACAUCCCGCCCACCGAUACUUCGGCCCCCAAGAGAAGUUUCGGCUCCGAUUCGAGACCCAAAACCCGGUUUCCGUUUCGGGUACAGAUUCAGAACCGGGAACACUACUGGGUUCUUCGGGUUUCGCGCAGGGACUCUGGUGGUGGUAAGAGGAGAGGUGGGAAGGUGUUUGCGGAUGUUAAAUCGGAGGCGUACGAUAUAUCGGAAUCGGUGGAUAAGUUUGAGAAGGGGCUGAGUGAUGUCCCUUCGGGGAAGGAGGAGGAAUUGGAAGAGGAGCCUUUGGCUGUGGCUGAGGCUUCGUGGUUAGAACAGUUCCCGAAACGAUGGGUCAUCGUCGUUUUGUGUUUUUCGGCUUUCCUUCUUUGCAACAUGGACAGAGUAAAUAUGAGCAUUGCCAUACUUCCCAUGUCAGCAGAGUACAAUUGGAACCCAGGAACUGUGGGUUUGAUACAGUCUUCUUUUUUCUGGGGCUACCUCCUCACUCAGAUUGCUGGUGGCAUUUGGGCAGACACAGUAGGUGGGAAGCAGGUCUUGGCAUUUGGAGUCAUUUGGUGGUCCAUUGCUACUAUUCUCACUCCUGUUGCUGCUAAAGUCGGAUUGCCUUUCCUACUUGUUGUUCGUGCUUUCAUGGGGAUUGGUGAGGGUGUUGCUAUGCCUGCAAUGAAUAAUAUUCUGUCAAAAUGGAUUCCUGUAGCAGAGAGAAGUAGAUCUUUGGCUCUGGUUUACAGUGGGAUGUACCUUGGAUCAGUCACUGGCUUGGCCUUUUCACCAUUUCUAAUACAUCAAUUUGGAUGGCCAUCAGUUUUUUACUCCUUUGGUUCUCUUGGCACUGUCUGGUUUGCUGUAUGGAUAAGCAAGGCACACAGUUCACCUCUUGAGGAUCCUGAGCUUCGACCUGCAGAGAAGAAGCUAAUUCUUUCCAGCAGUGUUUCCAAGGAGCCUGUUAAAGAGAUCCCUUGGAAAUUAAUUUUGUCAAAAGCACCUGUUUGGGCCCUGAUAGUGUCUCACUUCUGUCAUAAUUGGGGAACGUUUAUUCUUCUUACAUGGAUGCCUACAUACUAUAACCAAGUGCUGAAGUUCAAUCUUACAGAAUCAGGGCUUUUCUGCGUCCUGCCCUGGCUUACAAUGGCAUUUUCUGCAAACCUUGGAGGGUGGAUUGCAGACACACUUGUGAGCAAGGGUUUCUCCGUGACGACGGUUCGUAAGAUUAUGCAAACAAUUGGGUUUCUUGGACCUGCUUUCUUCCUCACUCAGUUGAGCCAUAUUAAUUCUCCUGCAAUGGCUGUUCUAUGUAUGGCAUGCAGUCAGGGAACUGAUGCAUUCUCACAAUCUGGUCUAUAUUCAAACCAUCAAGAUAUUGCUCCACGAUAUUCUGGUGUCUUGCUUGGUCUGUCCAAUACUGCCGGAGUGCUCGCCGGCGUCUUUGGAACAGCAUCGACUGGCUACAUCUUGCAACAUGGUUCUUGGGAUGACGUAUUCAAGGUCUCAGUAGGCCUUUAUCUGUUUGGAACUGUUGUCUGGAAUCUUUUCUCCACCGGUGAGAAGAUCAUAGAUUAAUCCAUGGAUGACUUGAUCCUUACUAAUCGUCUGGCAGCACUUCAAUCCUGAAAUAAUAUAGAAGAGAGGUACUUUAAAGGAGAGAAGUAGCAGAAUGCCAAGAAAUUCAAUUUGGAAGGAAAGCGGUAUCAUAUUGCUGAGAUUCUUGGACUUGAAGAAUUUUUCAAAGAUUUUGACAUGGGGCUCAAAAGUGGGAGAGUAAAGGCUAUUGCUUUUUGGUUCCCGGCAGAAUUUGAAGUUUGAUAAAUUGGUUGCAUAUUCAUACCAUUUUCAUGAAUGAUGAAUAGUACAUAG